CCGUCGUCGAUGCUGCACUCGCUGCACAGACGGCGAUGCGUGCCUGGACUCUCCCCGCCUCCCCGGCCUGGUCACGAAGUUUCUUCGAACCACACGUGCUGACUUGAGGUUGACGAGGAGCUGGAGCUCUCGCCGCUCUGAAAGAUUUUUCUGUCCUCUCAUCGUCAUCGAUCAACGCGGGAAGAUUAGUCCGCGGAACGCGAUUGCUUGACCUCUCGAAAAACGAAGAUUGCGUCGUCUGGAAUAAAUGAGUUAUAUAGGAUGAUAUGAUUACUGUCCUUUCCAGGCAACUAGAGCCAAGUCAUCACUCGAGACAUCGAGCUCUGCUCACCGCGCACCGAUCGAGUCGCAGAUGACGCAGUGCGGCGGCGGCACGGCGAGCAUGCUGUCGCCGGUGGUCUCCUGGCAGCUGCGCACCUACCGCGACUCGAUCCGGAGAGCCUCCGUCCCCGGCGGCCGGUGCAGGCCGGCGGUGCGGUUCGUCCCCGCGAGCAGCGACUCUGCGGCGGGAGAAGGGGCCUACUGCUGGUCGUCGAGCGCUAGCUCGGCCUCCAGUCCGGCCUUGGACGCGUCGGCCCGCUGCUCGCCCGUGUCCGUGUCCGUGUCCUUCUCCUCCGACGGCGACCUGUGCUUCUCCGGUUGCCUCGAUGGAGCCGAGGAGCUCCGCGCCAUCGCGCUGCGGAUGGUCCACGACGGCUACAUGAAGGGCCUCAUCCGAGCGUUCGGCGCUGCCGGCGGCUCGUCGUCGGCGCACUGCGGAGGCCUCGGUCUCAGCCCCGGCCCCGAAGAGCUCCUUCUGGGGAGCUGGUUCUCGGAGCUGGACGUGGAGUGGGUUCUCCAUGCCAGGGAAGGAGACAAGCUGCGGCCGCACCUGGAGGAUGGAUGCGCCUCCCUCCUUGAUCUGAUGGAGAGCUGGAUCAAAGCUCUCAAGACCAUGGUGCAGGUGCUCUGCAUCACGCAGCUGGAGCUACGCGCCAAGUGGCCGGCCGCCGGCGGCGUCAGGAAGGCCGUCAGGUACUUCCUGCUGCUGGCCACCGGGAAAGCGGCGGAGCGCGAGCAGGAGGCGGCCCUGCUCGCGCGGUUCGCGGAGGCGAGCGUCCUCAGGAUGCUUGACUUCGUGGACGCCGUCGCCGACGCCGCUCUAAUCGACGACGACCAGGCGGCGGCGGAGACGCUCCCGGGGAUGCUGCAGGUGUACGCCUGCGUCGUGGAUGACUCACCGGCCGUCCUGGCGCUGUUCAAAGAGGCGCCCGGCGCCGCCUCCACGUUCGACGCCAUGAACGGCGUCUUCCUGCGGAAGAGGAGCAAGCUGAGCGACGCCGUGUGGAGCAUGGUGGAGAAGGUCCGAGCUUCCUUCAUGGCGGACGACUGCUGGAGAGUCUCGCCGGCUGAGGCGGGCGGCGUCCACGAGACCGCCAGGCUGAUGAUGAACUACGCCAUGCUGCUAUGGCGAAACGAAGGUGCACUCAAUUUGGUCCUGCAGGACCAGCAGCACCGCUUCCGAAUGUUCUUGUCCGAACACGAUGGUCACUGCUCAAGCUCGGUUGCCGACCUCAUCAAGAACCUGAUCUCAUCCUCGGAGAAGCAGCUCGAGAAGGCGUCCAAUUUCAUCUCCGACCCCGGAUUGCGGUACAUAUUCUUGAUGAACAAUUGCAGCUUCAUUUCAGAGAAGGUUUCAUCCUUGCUGCUGCCGCCGUUUGAAGAUUGCAAGAUCGAGAGGUCCAGGGGUUCCAGGGAAAGACUCCCCCCAAUGGAGGAUUGUGUUCGCCAGCCUGAUCGGAGUAUCCGGGCAAAAAUAGAAGCGGAUUCGAAUCUGGAUGGCCUUAUCAAGAUCCAGAGCUUCAUGGAAGCUUACCUCGAAGCCUCUUGGGAGCCGGUGAUGUCUUGCUUGUACCAUGACAUACCUCGUGGCUUCUUGAACUGCAGCGGGGCGCUGGAUGAAUUCGAAUCGGAGUUCCAGAGAACAUACACCAUGCAAAGGAUGUGGAAGGUUCCAAACCCUGAGCUUAGGAAGAGAUUGCGCGAAGCCGUCACUGAGAAAGUCAUCUCGGGGUACAGCAAGUACAUGUCGGAGAGGAUGGCGAGAGGGAAGACCAACAGACGCCACUCGAGCACUCCCCUUGAACUGGAGGAGCUACUAGAAGAGUUGUUUGAAGGAUGAGUGUGUUGGUGACGAGACCAUCGAUUUCCUUGGUGUAUUAUAUACACGUGUACACUUAUAUUAGGGGGAGAAACGGAAACAGGGACAAAUAAUUAUGCAUUAGACAACGCCCCUACUUGCAAAAAUUUCA